GACUGGUUCUGGCGUGUAUAUUCUGUGAAGCCGCUUAGUAUUGAAUGUCGACGUCAAUCAUUAAUGUCAACUUCGAUGUCUCCAGCUUCCCUCGUUCUUGGCUAGGGCAGAAUCCAUGGAUUGACCUUGGCGGUGAGCUAGACCUUAGCCUGCUGUCGAACGGAUGGGUUCCAAAGUCGUUCCAUCCAUUAUCUUCUUCAAAUAUAUAGAGAACUCUGCUAAAACACGCCUUCGCCUGCACACAUGGCAUGUCCAACGAUCCCUGAUCCAGCUGCGAACACGCUCGCCUCCGGCAUCCUAAGGGCAUGGACAAUGUAGCUGGCCCAAACAGUUCUCGCCGAACGAGUGACAACGUGUCAAACAGUCUCGCACCUACGAUCUCAAACGGUAAUUCGAAAAGCCCGUCUUUGCGUAGGCGAAGUCCUUCCGGGAGUUUCCUAUCUCGUAUACCGUUCUUGAAGUCAUCGGAGGAGAACCGUAGCGCAAAGACCAGCGGUAAUGACCAUCACGAACAGAGUGAAACUGAACAAAAUGAAGAGAAGCGUGGAGGGUCACUGUCGCAGGCUUUGCGACAGGUCAAGCCUCGGAACAGAAAGGGUUCGUUGAGAAAGACGGCGAUAUUGGGUACUGGCAACAUAAAGCUCCAAGGACGAGAGCGCAAGAACUCUCUCCGGUCACGGCCAUCCGAGGCCCAGGACUACACAACAAACGCUGGCGAAGCGACCUCAGCUCGUCGACUUCCAUACAUGAAUAAUGCUUCGACUUCAUCUUCCGAGAACAACUUCGUCAAUACAAUACCACAAUCAUUAUCUAGCAUGUUUGUUAAAGACGACAAUGCAUACGAGCGCGAGCCUCUUACACCAAACCAAACAUUAUCGCCUAUCACUAGCCCAGAGUCGGCGAAUACUUAUAUGUCUACGACGGACGACGAUACCGAUUCGUCUACAUUCUCUCGACCACCUGUCAUCCCCGGUGGUAUGGUGCCUAGUCAACAGUACUUUCCGCUCCCGCUGAACACAGCAUUAGCGAGAAAACGGUCGGUGAACCGCGCGCAUCCUUCACAAAGCUCUCCUCUCUCACGUCCACCUGUAACGGUCGAAGACGACUAUGACUACAGCGAGACGGAAUGGUGGGGCUGGGUCAUACUGAUGGUCACAUGGAUUGUUUUCGUUGUAGGCAUGGGAAGUUGCUUCGGAAUUUGGAGCUGGGCUUGGGAUGUUGGUGAGACGCCAUAUGCGCCUCCGGAGCUGGAAAACGACGAAACCUUGCCCAUAGUCGGAUACUACCCAGCGUUGAUCGUACUCACGGGGAUUAUGGCGUGGGUAUGGGUUGUGACAGCAUGGGUUGGGAUGAAGUAUUUUAGACAUGCUCGAGUAAUGGCCGAAGAGGGCUGAGAAUAUUCGUUCGAGACUAUGUGAUGUUGUUACUGGCAAGCGAUGUGGCCUGGCCUCCAAACCUCCUACGCGCCUUUGUUGGCGUAUCUGAACCUUCCACGGAAUCUUUUCCGGGCUGGUCUCGCUAGUUGACGCGUCGUGGUCUAGACGCACACGCCCUGCCAGAAAUAUAACGCCGUGGCUUUUCAAGAUUGCUGAGAUGGAGUGCCAGCGUGGACCAAG